AUGGAACAACCCUAUUAAAUAUUUUAAUAUGGUGACUGCUGAUAAUUUUCUUGUAAAAUACGUUUACUUUCGUUAAGUUCUUUAACUUAAUUAACUCUUUGGUGAUGUAAAACAGUUAUUACAAUUAUUAAUUUCCCAUGUGUUGACUAUUUAUCAAAACAAAGUAUAAGUAAUCAACAAUGGCGGUGUUAGCGGCUGCACAGUUAUUGGAUGAAUUGAUGGGACGGCAUCGCAAUACAAACCCAAAUGAGAAAAUAAAGAAACCCAAUUGGGAGGAUCCUGAAUAUUGUAAAUAUUUCAUGGUGAAAUUUUGCCCACACGAUUUGUUUGUGAAUACCCGAGCGGACCUGGGCGCCUGUCCAAAAGUUCAUGAUGAUGAGGUUAAAGAAUUAUUCCAGAGAGCAGAAACUUCAUACAAAAAAUCCCAAUAUGUUGAAGAAUUUUUACGCUUUUGUAGACACAUGAUAAGUGAAGUUGAAAGAAAAAUACAGAAAGGAAAGCAAAGACUGGAACUUAUGAAUUCAAAACCUGAAGGUCCUCCAAUGACACAGGCUCAAACUGAGAAAAACCAAGAGCAGGUGAAACUUCUGUCGGAGAAGAUAACAUCUUUAGUGGAGGAGGCUGAAGAGGCGGGGACGCGCGGCGAUGUAGAACAGGCGCAAGGCCUCAUGAAGCUUUGUGACCGAUUGAAAGAUGAGAAAGAUCAACUUCUUAAACAACAAGAAAACAGUCAUUGGUCAAUGACUGCGGAGCUCGCAGCAGCACAAGAGAAGCAGAUGGAAGUGUGUCCUGUUUGUGGUGCUUUCCUGAUCGUUGGUGAUGCUCAGCAACGCAUCGACGACCAUCUCUCCGGCAAACAGCAUGUCGGAUAUUUUAAGCUACGUCACGCGUACGAGGAGAUGAGCGAGGCGCGAGAGAGGGAGCAGCAGGAGAAAGAGAAGAAGCGACGCGAGGACCGCGAGCGGGAGCGGGAGCGCAGCAUGCGGGGCGCGGGGGGUGCGGGCGGCGCGGGGGGCGGGCUCGGCUCCGACCGCCGCGACCGCGAGCGCAUGGAGCGCGACCGCUCCGACAAGGACAGGGAACGAGACCGCACCGACAGGGAUAAGGAACGACACCGUUCCGUGCGCGAGGAGAAGGGCGGGCGGCACGAGGAGCGCGAGCGCGAGCGGGACGGCGAGCGGCACAGAGAGCGCGAGCGCGAGCGGGACAGGGACAGGGACAAGGAGCGCGAGCGGGAGCGCGACCGCGACCGCGAACGGAAGCAUCGCAAGGACCGCCGCUCCCCGCACGAGCGGUCGCGCCGCCGCUCCCGCGAGCGCGAGCGCCAUUAAUGGACUGAGGUAUCACAAAAGCGCCAGAGACCGGUAAGUAUAGUUCCUGCGCACCGCUUCUUACGUAAACACCUCGUCAUUCCACUGUCGGCUCACUCUGAGGUACCUAUACCAUAUAUCCUAACGACUAAUACACGACAAACAUUCACAAAUUACCCUUCCUCCUAAAAACAAUGAAUAAACAAGUAAUAAAGUGAACACUGUUAUUUUACAGCUGAUAGUAUCAUAUCAAAAUAAAACAUCGGUACAUAUGGCAAAUAUGAGGGGUUUUGUUGAGCCCGUUACUGUAUUCUGUAGUUGUCGUCUCGCCGACGGACUUGGCAGGUAUUUUAAUUGGUAUUUUGAGCAGCUGCUUGUGCUGAGAGUUGGAAAAUUUCGUUGGUAAAUCCGCGCGCGGCUUCGCAGGAACGUGUGGCCGCGCAUUCGAGGUAUUCUCAUUAUAAAUAUCUAGCGUAUAACGAGUUGCCUGCGACCGUCCGGAAUGACCGAUGUCAGGUAUUUGUUAGGUAUUGUUCCGCUCUAGGGUGUUAGGGAAUUCAACACCUCCGCUUAGCACAAACAUUACAAUUGAACUGUGAGAGUACUUUUGUCAGCCGCUUUGUCUGUACAUUGCCAUCACAUAGUUGCCAUGUCGCGGACGUGACGGGCCGCGUCUCAUAUGCGCCUCGUCUAAAUAUCGGAUCCUGUUUUCUGUCAUCUGUAUAUUUGCAGGUACCCACAAUAAAUAUAUAGCAACAAGUUUAUUUACUACAACUUGGUGCUAUAUUAUGAAAUAAAUACCCUAAAUAAUUUUUGAACUCAUGUUUGACAAUCUUGAUUUUAAUAUUUCAAUGUUCAUUUUAAAUUUAAGUGAUUAUUGUCGCAUGUGAGUUCAAAAUGAAUACUACCCACGCUAGUUUCUAGCUUUUCGAUGGACUUUUCAGUUGGAACCGCAGAAGAAUUAGGAAGAACUCAGAUGGCUGUCACCAAUGAGGUACUUUUGAAAUUAAGGCACCUGUGAAGCUGAAGAGGAAAUGGUGGAAACUUCCAGAAAAUCUCCAACGGCAACGGUUUCGAGGUGACAUAGCAUAGUCGCGGUAUUAUUAAGAAGGUUAAAAUAUAAAGAAAUAAUUGGUCAAUGCAUGUAUGUUAUAAGCUAGAUAUGAACUUGUUAUUUUUUCGCCUAAAAAUAUGUUUGUAAGUUGUAGCUACCUCUACCAUCUUAUCCCUAGGGAGGUUAAAUUCUGUAUACCAGAGUCCACUGAGGAGUGAUUCAGGUAUUUAUCUUUUUUCUUACACUUGUGAAUUGUAAUAAAUUUGACUACGAAUAGAAUGUGUGAGCCAUCCAAUAAGGAUUAUUUUAUUAAAUUUUAAAGCUA